AUGGCAACCACGACAGCAUCGGAGAGGCUCGUCCUCAUCCGCGAGAACCUCGCCGAGAUUCUGAACCCAGAGAUAAUCGAAAAGAUUAUUGAGGAAGGCCGCAACCCCAAGAUUUACUGGGGAACCGCGACGACGGGCCGCCCUCACUGCGGCUACUUUGUCCCCGCCAUCAAGAUAGCACAGCUGCUGGCCGCCGGCUGCGAUGUCACCGUGCUGCUCGCCGACAUCCACGGCUUUCUCGAUAACCUCAAAGCUCCCAUUGAGCUCGUCGCACACCGAGUCGAGUACUAUCGGUUUGUCAUAACGGCCAUCCUCGAGGCCGUCGGCGUGUCGACCGAGAAGCUGCGAUUUGUCCAGGGCAGCGACUACCAGAAGAGCGCCGAGUAUGUCAUGGACGUCUACAAGCUCUCGUCUUUGAUAUCGGAGCAUGAUGCCAAGCGAGCUGGCGCCGAGGUGGUCAAGCAGACGGACAAUGCUCCCUUGAGUGGCCUCCUCUACCCGAUCCUCCAGGUCCUGGAUGAGCAGUACCUUGACGUUGAUGCCCAAUUUGGAGGACUUGACCAGCGCAAACUCUUUGUCGCCGCCAAGGAUUGGCUUCCUAAGCUUGGAUAUAGAGAGCGCGCACACAUCCUCAACCCCAUGGUCCCUGGACUGCACGGGGGAAAGAUGAGUUCCAGCGAUCAAGACAGCAAGAUUGACCUGCUCGAUGCCCCGGAGGCCGUGGCCAAAAAGAUCAAAAAAGCCGUCGCGGCGCCCAAGGUGGUUGAGGAAAAUGGCGUCCUGGCCUUUGUCGAAUAUGUCCUGCUCCCGGCGGCGGCGUUGCGCGGAAAGCGAGAAUUCUCCGUUGACCGAGAGCGAGAUGGGUUGGAGCCAUUGGUCUACUACGACAUUGCCGACAUGCAUCGAGACUACCAGAACGACGUGCUGAGUCCCCAAAUACUGAAGCCAGCUGUGGCAAAGGCGCUCAACGACCUUCUUGCUCCGAUCCAAGCAGCCUACCAAGCCUCCAAAGAGUGGCAGGCCAUUGCCCUGAAAGCUUACCCUCCGCCUCCCAAAAAAGAGAAGAAGGUCAAGGACAAGGGUUCCCGCCACCCUGGCAAGGUAAACAACAAAGAACUGCCGAUCCGCGAAGCGCCCGUAGGAUGA